ACAACAGAAGAGGAGGGGAGCAGGGAACUUUAGCUGACAACAACAACAGAGCCAGUAGCUCCUAGCUAAGCUAAGGUGUGGCACAGCCGGCACAGAGAGGUAAAUAUCUGUGGGCUAUAUACAUCAUGUGAAUGAGGAGAGUAAGGAUUGCAGUAACUGGGGGAAUGAGAAGUGCAGGCACAAGGUAAGACAGAAGCAAGAGGUAGAGGGCAAAGGGGAAAUUCAGUGCUUUGUCAAGGACAGUGCCACUCAAUACAGUAAAGGAAUAAAUCCUCACAGAAGGAAAAUCCAAUGAAUCUCCAAUCAGAGCUGUGGCGCCUGCUGUCAGGAGGUGAUAUGUUAACGCUGGGCAUCAUCUUCAUCCUCUCUCUUCUGCUGCUGGAUUUUGUCAAGCGCAGGAAAACAUGGCGGAAUUUCCCUCCUGGCCCUCCUUGCAUACCCUUUGUGGGGAACAUGUUCCAGAUAGAUGCUUCCUGCGCUAACAACAGCUAUAACAAGCUCAGUAAAAAGUAUGGAGAUGUGUUCAGCCUGCAGAUCUGUUGGCAAAAUAUAGUGGUGCUGAAUGGAUUUGAAGUAAUAAAAGAAGCUCUGUUCCAGAAGUCUGAAGACAUAGCAGAUCGGCCUAGAUUUCCCCUUUAUGAAUCAUUUGGGCUAACUGGAAAUUCCAAAGGUGUGCUUUUGGCACAUUAUGGCCAAGGUUGGAAGGAGCAGAGAAGAUUUUCCUUGAGUACCCUAAGGGACUUUGGUAUGGGAAAGAAAUCCCUGGAGGAGAGAGUGACAGAGGAAGCUGGGUUCCUAUGCUCUGCCUUCGAGUCAGAACAAGGUUGUUCAUUCAACCCACAAUACUAUAUCAACACAGCAGUCAGUAAUAUCAUCUGCUCCAUCGUUUUUGGUGAUAGGUUCGAAUAUGAUGAUGAAAGGUAUCAAAAACUGCUGCGUCUUUUAGAGGCUACCUUGAAAGCAGAGUCUGGACCUUUGGCCCAGAUCGUAACUGCAGUUCCUAGCUUGUCUAAAAUUCCAGGUUUGUCAAAGAAGAUUUUUCAACCUCAGAUACAUUUUUUUGCAUAUUUGGAAGAAUUUGUCAAUGAGCACCGCAAAACCUGGGAUCCUGGAUACAAACGAGAUCUUAUAGAUGCCUUUUUGCUGGAGAUGGAAAAGGCCAAAGAAGACAAAGAGACCAGCUUUAAUGAAAACAAUCUUUUGUUUACUCCAGUUGACCUUUUUUCUGCUGGCACAGAAACUACAACUACCACCCUUAGGUGGGCUUUACUGUACAUGCUGCUGUAUCCAGAAGUCCAGAAAAAGGUCCAAGAGGAGAUUGACGAAGUGAUUGGAAGAAACAGGAAACCAGCUAUGCUGGAUAUAUUAAAGAUGCCUUAUACUAAUGCUGUUAUCCAUGAAAUUCAGAGGUGCGGUGAUGUGUUACCUGUUACUUUGCCACACAUGGCAUAUAGAGACACAGAGAUCCAAGGCUAUUUUAUCCCAAAGGGGAUAGUUGUCAUGAUAAACCUGUCAUCUGUUCUAAAGGAUGAAAGAGUCUGGGAAAAACCGCAUCAGUUUUAUCCUGAGCAUUUUCUAGAUGAGGAGGGAAAAUUUGUUAAGAGAGAAGCAUUUGUGCCAUUUUCUGCAGGACGCCGGUCUUGCGUUGGAGAGCAGUUGGCCAGGAUGGAACUUUUUCUCUUCUUUACAACUUUCCUGCAAACCUUCACAUUUCUGAUCCCAGACAAUGAGCCCCGCCCACAGACAGACCCUGUAUUUGCAGUAACAAUGUGCCCACGCUCAUUUAAUGUCUGUGCUAAAAUGAGAUAGGAUAUUGAACUAAUCUUUGCUUGCUUCCAUCAUAUGAAAAAAUCUGAGAUGCUUUCUGGGAUUUGGGGUUUAUGGAAUCUAUAAUGUUAUUUGGAUAUUAUGCAAGGGUAAUCUCUUUAGGUCCUGCAGUAGGCAUUUCCAAAUACACCAGUCUUUUUGCAGCCUAAAGCUAAAACAAAAACGACAUACAUGCCUUCUCUAUUCUGAGAUUACCAUAAGGACUGCAUAAAUCCUAGAAAUCAUUACCCACAAUAAGCAUGAGAACAACAUGGGAGAGUCACACUAUAUGUGUUAUGUCAGUAAGAACUAGGGCUGGUGGGGGGCUGUUUCAGUCUUUUUUGAAUCCCCUGUAUAUAUAUUAAUCCCCUAAAUGUAUGCCA